AUGCUUAAUGUGCUGGUAUCUGUUUGUCCGUAUCUGUCUGCCAAAGUAAGCAUUCAGAUUCUUUCGGAAUUAGACAAGCUUAUGAGUCUCGGGUUCUCAGCGCUUACAACACUGAUUCUUAAAAUCAUCGAGGCAUUAUUGGAAACUCUAGGAGUGGGAGAUACUGUUCAAGAGAUAGAAAAUGUCAUCACUUCUCUUGCUUCUUAUGUUUCUUCAAAAGGGAACUCGGUGGACACUGUCAUGACUGCUGCAAACUUGUUAAGAGUUGCUCUGAAUAAAUUUCACACUGGAGGAUCAAGCUUGUGGAUUAAGAAGCUUCCUAUGGUUUGGGAGUCUCUAGCAGGGUCUACCGACCACAUGACUCACACCUCAUCCCAUUUCAGCACUUAUACACCUUGUCCUAGCAAUAAGAAGAUUACUGUGGCAAAUGGGUCUCUUGCUACUGUUGUAGAGGUUGGAAAUGUUCCUAUCACACCUGAUCUUGUCCUUAAAGAUGUUCUUCAUGAUCGGGACUCGGAGAGGAGGAUUGGACUUGCUAAGGAACAAAAUGGGCUGUACUACCUUGAGACACCUCUCACUACAAGAAGAAUCAUGAAUAAUCUAUCUAUGUCAUAUCUUAGACUUCUUGCUGGUGAGGCUGAUGCUGCAUCACAGGCCUCGAGUAUUUUGAAGGACUUGAUUAAUGAACAAGUAAAUGAAGAGACUUUCCACAUGGAGAGCCAACCAAGUGAUGAUGUAAGUGAGGAGAGUCUGGAAACAAUUGCAAUAAGGAGAAUAUGUAUUGCUUUGGAAAGUGCCCUCAGUGCCCAUGGUGGAACUCCAAAUCAGCAUGCACUUUCUGUAAUCUCUCUUUUGUACCUCAAACUUGGAAAAGCUUCUUACAUCUAUAUGAGGAGUAUCCUGCUCAAACUUGUUCACUUAAUGACCUCAGCUGAAAGGGACCCAUCUAUCACAGGCCAUCUUCAGAGAUGUAUUGGUUCUGCUGUAAUUGCUAUGGGCCCAGAAAAGAUGCUUUCCGUUGUGCCUAUUUCACUGCGUCCCGACAAUUUUAGUUCUAGUAAUGUUUGGUUGGUGCCCAUUCUAAGAGAUUAUGUGGUUGGUUCAUCGCUUGAGUAUUACAUGGAUUAUAUUGUGCCCCUUGCAAAAUCUUUCAAGCGUGCUAGUUCUGGAGUUAAGAAAUCAGUACUUGGUAAGGAGCUGCUGGGUCAUGCUCAUGAUCUUUGGAAACUGUUACCGGCCUUUUGCUAGGGUUCAAGUGACACAGACAAACAAUUUAGACGUUUGGCAGUAUCAUUGACUGAUUUUCUUAAAAAAGAUUCUUCCAUGCAUGAAAGUGUGGCUCUUGCUUUAAAGAUCCUUGUGAAUCAGAAUACAAGUGUACUUGGCUCUAGAGUAGUUAAAGAUUUAGACACCUGUACUGUGCAAGCAUCCGGAUUAGAAUUACGAACUCUACCGAUUUACUCUAAGAAAACUGCAAGCAGAAAUAUCAAGGCUUUAAGUUCAAGCUCUACUGAGUUGCUCCAACUUUUAUUGGACUUAUUUGUCGAUUCCAUUCCUACGACAAGGUCAUACUUGAAGGAUGCUAUUGGUUGCUUAGCUUCUAUUACGGAUUCUUCUGCAACUAGAGAAAUUUUUGUAUC